GAGACAUGUUAACCCUAUACGCAUACAGCAACUAUUGACUUUGGUAAGAAUGCUUCUGAUUAAUUCCUAGUCUGUUAGCACAGACCAUCUAGCACAGAUCUUUGCUGGGAGUCUUGGAGACAGCAGCGUCUCCUGAGCUCUGCUAUUUCACCAAACCCUGUGAAUUUUGCUAAGCAAAGUAAACAUUACAGUGCUGCUAAUCACAUCCUCUGGAAGAAGGCAGCAGUCCGCUUUGGAAUCUGAUGAAGCUUAGACGUCCUCUCUUCCUCAGCUGCGGCCGAAGUUGAACACCCUCUUUCCACAGACGUCUCCCUUUUUCUUUGAAAUGGGACGUUUUUUGCAACAAUUCUUCUUGCAUUAUGCUGCUUUGAGUUGUUUUGGAAUGGUUCACGGAUUUAUGGAUGAAACUCUAGAAAAAGCCAUCAAAUCAGAAGGAUAUUGUAGCAGAAUUUUAAGGGCUCAAGGAGGCACUAGAAAAGAAGGAUACAAUGAAUUUAGCCUAAGAGUGGAAGGUGAUCCGGAAAUCUACAAACCAGGAAACACUUACAGAGUAACACUCUCGGCUGCUAGCCCGGCUUAUUUCCGAGGGUUCACACUUAUUGCCCUUAAAGAGGGUAAAGAUGGGGAGAGGGAGGAAGAUCAUGCUGGAUCCUUCCAGAUAAUCGAUGAAGAAGAUACACAGUUUAUGAGUAACUGCCCUGUAGCAGUCACAGAGAGCACGCCAAGGCGCAGAACACGAAUUCAGGUUUUAUGGACAGCACCUGCCAUUGGAACCGGCUGUGUAAUCCUUAAGGCGAGUAUUGUACAGAAAAAAAUAAUUUACUUUCAAGAUGAGGGAUCACUUACUAAAAGAAUGUGUGAACCAGAUACAUCUUACGAAGGGGGAAAUGAAAAGACGAUUCCAGAUUGUUGUGCAUGUGGAACAGCCAAAUACAGACUAACAUUCUACGGAAAUUGGUCCGAGAAAUCGCAUCCAAAGGAUUAUCCACGGAGAGCCAAUCACUGGUCAGCAAUUAUUGGUGGGUCCCACUCUAAAGAAUAUGUCCUUUGGGAAUACGGUGGAUAUGCUAGUGAGGGAGUAAAACAAGUUGCUGAGUUUGGGUCCCCAGUCAAAAUGGAGGAAGAAAUACGACAAAAAGGUGAUGAAGUGUUAACAGUGAUCAAAGCAAAAGCCCAGUGGCCGGCCUGGCAGCCCCUGAAUGUGAGAGCAGCACCUUCAGCCGAGUUCUCUGUGGACAGGACUCGUCACCUGAUGUCUUUCUCGACCAUGCUAGGUCCAAGUCCAGAUUGGAAUGUUGGACUUUCAGCAGAAGACCUCUGUACCAAGGAAUGUGGUUGGGUUCAGAAAGUUAUCCAGGAUCUAAUCCCAUGGGAUGCAGGAACCGACAGUGGAGUGACAUAUGAGUCACCCAACAAACCUACAAUCCCACAAGAUAAAAUCAGACCAUUGACAAGUUUGGAUCACCCACAGAGCCCGUUCUACGACCCUGAAGGAGGACCCAUUAUACCAGUGGCAAGAGUUGUUAUAGAAAGGAUUGCUCGAAAAGGAGAGCAAUGUAAUAUAGUUCCCGAUAAUGUAGAUGACAUUGUGGCAGAUCUUGUUACAGAAGAAAAGGAAGAAGAUGAUACCCCUGAGACAUGUAUCUACUCCAACUGGUCUCCUUGGUCCGCUUGCAGUUCGGCCACUUGUGAUAAAGGCAAAAGGAUGAGGCAGCGCAUGUUGAAAGCCCAGCUUGAUCUCAGCGUUUCCUGCCCAGAUACACAGGAUUUUGAACCAUGCAUGGGACCAGGCUGCAGUGAUGAUGCCUCUACUUGCAUGAUGUCAGAAUGGAUCACGUGGUCUCCUUGUAGUCUCUCCUGUGGAAUGGGUAUGCGCUCCAGAGAGAGAUAUGUAAAACAAUUCCCGGAGGAUGGCUCCAUGUGCAAAGUCCCAAUGGAGGAGACAGAAAAAUGUGUUGUCAAUGAGGAGUGUGAGCCAAGUAGCUGCAUAGUAACAGAAUGGGGUGAAUGGGAAGAAUGUAGCGCCACCUGUGGUGUGGGAAUGAAGAAACGUCACAGGAUGAUUAAGAUGACGCCUGCCGAUGGGUCUAUGUGCAAGACAGACACCACAGAGGUGGAAAAAUGCAUGAUGCCAGAAUGCCAUACUAUACCUUGCGUGCUCUCUCCCUGGUCCGAUUGGAGUGAUUGCAGCGUUACCUGCGGUAAGGGAUCGAGGACGAGGCAGAGAAUGCUAAAAUCACCAGCUGAACUUGGAGACUGCAAUGAAGAGUUAAAGCAGGUUGAAAAGUGCAUGCUUCCUGAAUGUCCUAUACAUUGUGAACUGACGGAAUGGUCUCACUGGUCAGAGUGCAAUAAGUCUUGUGGUAAAGGCCAUAUGAUACGAACACGUAUGAUCACAUUGGAGCCACAGUUCGGAGGUGCUCCGUGUCCAGAAACAGUACAGCGCAAAAAAUGCAGGCUAAGAAAAUGUCAAAAGAGCUCUGGUUUAGAAAAAAAGCGCUUAAAGGAGGCACGGGAGAAAAGAAGAAGCGAGAUGACAAAUGAGGAGACAGAUGGCGAACAAUAUCCAGUUUGCAAAAUGAAGCCAUGGACCGCAUGGACAGAAUGUACCAAAUACUGUGGCGGGGGGAUUCAGGAGAGGUUCAUGACUGUGAAGAAAAGGUUCAAAAGCUCUCAAUUCACGAGUUGCAAAGACAAGAAGGAAAUACGGGCUUGUAACGUCCAUCCAUGUUAGCAGUUAUCCUGCAUUGGAUGUGCUCAGAGCUGAAUGGAACAUCAAUCUUUAUUAGAUUUUUUUAAUCAUAGAAUAUACAGUGCUUUAAUUUUUUUGAUGUACUUUGCUUAUUAUUCUUGCAGGUGCAAGAACUAUAUUUUCUAAAUAUUUACAUGUUAUUACUGACUGAUCUGGUUAUGAUAUUAAAUAUAAAUACUUUAAAAUUGGUCAUCCGUUAAAAAUUAAUUUUGACUUUGGAUGAGCAAUCUAAUAUGCUAGACACAGAAACACGUCUAGUAACAAACAGUAUCACAUGCAUGCAAACAAGAGACACAAUGACCAAACAGGAUAAGUGCCCACUGUCUGAUUUGUUUUUUUAAGUGCAAGUUUGUAGACCUCGCAAGGACUGUCAUAAGCACUAGCUAGUAGACCGACUCCCAGUUGUACAUCUGCUCUGUUUAAGCUAACCCUUUUAAAAUGUUCAGUUUUGAGAGAGAGAGAGAGAGAGAGAGAAAGAUUUCUAGAUUCAAAUUUUGACAUCAUGUAGAACCUACUGAUAACACAAGAAAAUGUAUUUUAAUUUUCUUUUCCAUAUAAGCCAUCAUGGAAUUCCUACUAAAAGGAAAUGUAUCUCUUUGAGGGUAUUGCAACAAAACUCGUUUUCUAAAGGAAACUCUACAUAAAAAAAAGCAUUUUAAUUUGCUUAUUUCUGCCUAUGUAACCUAAUAAAUGGAACAUUUAGAUAGGGUUAUUUACUAAACCAGGAAUUGAACAGAUAAAUGUUAAUAUUAAAAUGGGAAUAUCAAAGAGUGAGAUUUGUGCAAGAGAUAUGUGUAUGUAACAUAAACCAAAGAAAAGUGAUAUAUAUAUAUAUAUAUAUACAUAUGUAUAUAUUGUAUCCAGAGAUAACUUAUAGUUUGAUUAGAGAACAAAUAGCCACUCACAUAGAGAGAGAGGACAAAUCGCCACUCACACAGAGAGAGCUUCUAUAAACACUAUACUAUUAGAGUAUCCUGAUGAAAGCUCAGUUUAGGACCUGAAACGUCGACCACUGGAUUUAUUGGAAUAAAGGAAGAUUGAUUUGCUAAAAACCUUGGAGUGCUGGCAUUACUAUAUUUCUCAUGUGACCAGAGCACCAGGAACUAAACAUAUUUUUAAAUUUGGAGUGCAGGAGCUUUGAGGAAAGU